AUGUCUAUCAUCCUGCCAGCCAGAUUCCUACGUAACGCGCCCAAGGAUGCUCCGGCUGUACGCAUCGGCCUGGUGGGCGCCGGCGUAGGCUACGGCCUCUUCGCCGCCCGCGACUUUACUAAGGACGAAUUCAUUUUCCACGAGGCGCCUCUCAUGACGGCUCUCUUCAACGAGAAGUUCUCGGCCGACGCCUCCCUGAUGCACAGCCAAUACCAGGCUUACAAGGCCGCCCUAGCCGACGGCGGCCAAGAUAUCGUCACGCUCGCCUUCCCCAUGCUCGCCGCCCGCAACGGUAUCCCGCCUGCGUCCUGGGAAGACGCUGGGCCUAUUUUCUCUGCCGAGUCUACCGAGCCCGACGUGACCAGUUCAAGGAAGAAAUUCUUCGGCAGGAACCUCGUGCACGGCCGGUUUGCCGGCUCGAUCAUCACGCGGGAAGAGUACGAGACGUACGUGGCUGGCGUGAGCGAGAUGCUCAUCGCCAACCCGACGGAGGAAGACCGACAAAAGGCGUGUCUGGAUUUCUUCAAACAUUAUGCCUUCCAGGUUAAACGGACCACCGCUAUCCCACCCGCGUCCGACAUCCCUCAUCUGCCUUCACCAUCACCCCCGGUCUCACCAACAAUAGUAACCACCAACACCCUAUCGCCCAUUACAUCAUCCUCAACAGCCUCCGCAUCAAUAUCCACAAGCACACCCCCAACACCAACCACAAACUCGGACGCCUGCAUCUACCUCCUUGGCUCCCUCAUCAACCACUGCUGCACUUCGCCCUCCACCUCCUCCUCGGCCUACGUGAUGCGCAAGCGCACCGAGCGCGGCCCAAAUUGCGAGUGGCGCAUCGGUGCCUCGGGGCUGGCCCACUUUGUGAAACCAAAACACAUUUGCGUGCAGGCUAAGAGAGAUAUCAAAGAAGGCGAGCAGCUGACGUGGGACUAUGGGAAGAAAGAAAAAGGGUUCGUGUGUGAAUGUGCGACGUGUAGGGGUACGUUUAUGGGGUAUUGUUGCGGCGUGCUGUGAGGGAGGUUGUGUUCGGUCGCUUGGGUGGUGAAUGGUGAGUGGUGUAGGAUGGGUGAGGCGAGGCAAGGCCAUGGCAGAGUGCUGGGAGAAUGAUAAACAGAUGAGGGCCUGUAUGUUCGAUGACGUUGGUAUGCUGGGAAACGGCCUACUCGGCGAGGGUAGGUUCGAAUUCCGUAAUGGUGAAUAUGUGUGUUUAUGAUUUAUAUUCAAGUCUUGAUACUAAGAAAGGAUCAAUCAGCAAAAUGAUAAACAAGGCAGGCUAGACA